AUGGGCAUCUCACCCAGUCGCGAGGCGCAGGAUGAGUACCUCGAUGAGCUCUGCUAUCGUAAGACGAAGGCAUGGCGGGUCGACCGUCGCCGAAAAGAGGUGUCACUGCUGCCGCUGACGAAGAAGUUCAUGCACUUCGCACAACCCGACCCGUCCACGUGGCUCGACUCUCGAACGUCAUCUAAUUCGGGCAGCCGCAACUCCAACACAGAUGCAAGCAGCUCUCACACAUCACGUAGCUCACGGCGCGACUACUGCCCUGCGCAGUUACGCCUCGACGCGGCUCCGGCCUCGUUGCCGUUUGUGCAGCAGCUGUAUAACGCCUACCGAGAACCAGGUACACAGUUUUACUGCCGGAAGGCGUCAUGGGGGACACUGAGCGAGCUGCCGCGCGACCUAUACUACCCUACAGUAGAGUCUUUCUACGCGGCUACAGUCAGUUGCUACGAGGGGGACAUGUACGAGACCAACGAGGAUAUGCAACGGGCGUACGAUCAGCAGAAGCUCGCAUGCCAGCUCCGAGCCUUCGGCUCAAUACAAAAGGGCGCGGCGCCGACACGGCGGCCGAAAAAGUCUAUGCAGGGUCCGCAAAUUCGACCGACGCCGUGCGCCAUUUGUUUUGAGUACCCUACCAGCUCCGUAGCCCCACCACCGAGAGAGGGGUCUGACGCGUUUUCGGCCGCUAAAGCCAACCGCUGGGGCGCCCCGCACGGCAGCGUGGUGUUUGCGCCGCAUUGCUCCUUCAUGGUGAUUGGGUUUGUCGGACUGGUGCCGGUGAGACGGCAGACGACAAGGGCCUCUGCAGAGUCCUUCCUCCGGCCACCGGCCGAGAGCGCCGGAGAUGAGGGAGAAGGCGAGCGCACUGGCGCGCGAGAUGAGCCCGCCGAAUACGAGCUGGUUGCUUUCAUCUCGAAAUCGGCUGGCGAGCAGCAUCUCGGUCGUGCGCUGUUUCAGGCAGCAUUUCUUUACGUGGAUCAGUGUCGCCGUGCGGGACUUCCAGGCAACCCGCCACUGCCGAGUACGCGCUUCUCGUGCUUCUUGAUGGACGUGCCUUCCUUGUGCUUCCUGCGCGAGGUGCGGCUGCGGUGCGCGGAACUGCAGUGGACGCGGCGGCUGGCGCGAGCGUUGCGGCGAAUACGCGUUGCGGCGCAUCAUUUGGCGAUUGAGAUGAACAGCGUCGUUGCAUCGGAGCUGUGCGCCUUUAUGGCGGAGUGCUUCCUGAAGCUCGACUUUCACCCUUCGCCGACGCCGCCGGUAUUUCUGUUUGCCGGCUUUGUCGGGGAUGCCGGAUCUGCCGUGGUGGUUGACGCGAACGCGGCUUUUCCUUCCGCAGCCAUUCACGCUGCCCCGCUGCCAAGCUCUGCCAGUGCGGAAGUGCAGAAGCUGCUGCAGAGCAGGGCGGACGGCGAGAGACUUCCUGGCCACGGUGGCGGGAGUGCACUGUGCAGCGGGUCUUGCGGUCGUGCAAAGGAGAGCACCAACGGUGGGACGCCUGCUUCUGCAGGGCCCGGUGCUGCGACGGUGAAGCUGGCCUGCGUUGUUGGAACCAAUCAGCUGACGGUCGGGAGGGUGGUGUAUCCCCACGCGACGGUGCUCGAGCGGGCUGUGCAGGUCAGCACGGGUGCCUUUGUCGACGCGGACUGGGCUGUAGCACAGGACUUGUCAGGGCAGGAGAUGCUCGCGACGGAUUUUCACGACCCGGACCCUGAGGACGCGCGGGACUACAGUGUUUGCGUUCGACCGCUCGCAGCGCCAGGUCCGCAGCUGACGGCGGUGGCCUCGGACGUUAUCUUGUCGUGGUCGAAGGACUUGUAUGUUCAAGCCCGUGCGGCGGAUACUUCAAACAGUCACUGGGUGAACUCGUACCCGCUGGACUACUAUACGGCGGCGAGGUCCAAGACGACGCCGCCUGCCCAGACUGAGGGCCCAGCUGCAAGACCGUCGAGUCCAUCGCCACUCUCCCCCGUAGCACCCGCAGCGCCAUCCAGGACGCAGGGCGGCAGUGACGGCAGAGUGCACACCUCUCCACUCACGGCGUCAAACGUCAAAGCCCUCUCGCACGCCUCGCCUUGUGGCAGCAAUGGAGAGCACGCUGCCAACGGUAAGGAUGCCGCUGACGCCGGCGCCACCCCGUCCGCGUCCCCCGAGGCUGCUACACGCGCGUUCUAUCUCUGGGAGUUCGAGCAUCAAGGCCGCUUCUACACUAUUGGACUCGUGCCCAACUUUGCUCGAGCUGUUCAGCGAAGACGAGGCAACGCGGUGGAUCGCCCCGCCUCGAACCUCCGCAACAAGAGCUCAAACUGGGAGAGGAAUGCCCCCACAGCGCCCUGGGCUUCCGCUGGUGGCGAUGUGAUCGCGAGCGCAGUGGACCCGAUGUCCGAGACGGAUGUAAGCUCGGCCGUGUCGCAGCACAAUGAGAAUAGUCGUUCCUACAGCGAUCGCAGCUCCCGGAGCGGCGAGACGUACCACACCACAGCCUCGUCACACUCGACGAUAAGUAACCUUCAUCUUGCCAGUGGCCGGCGCAGCGCCCGGCAGCGUCGCAUGCUCCUCUCUCUGGGGACAGCCCAGGCCUACGAGAACGGUGUCCCCGUUUCAAGCGCCAUCCCUCCGGUGGGUGGAAGUUGCCAUUCACGCGCCAUGCCAGAUGCUGGAAGCUCGAUUCGGAAUGAGGCAAACGUUGUCAUUCACGCUGAUGGCGGCGCUGGCAUGACUAGCACGAGCUUCAACAACCGCGAUGGUGCGGUUGCCGCUCUGCCUAUAAGCAGCGGCGGCAACGGCACGCUGGACUACGUCGGCAGCGCUCACAAGAGCAGCGGUGCAUUUGGGCGUCACACGGUCUCCGGCGAUGGUGUACCUCCCCCAGAUGAGCUGCCGCAUCAGAAGAGAUACGUGAACACGCCAUAUGAACACUCGCGCCAGCAGUUUCAGCCUCCACAGGCGCUGCAACGCCGCCUGUCUGAUUGUGUAUCUCGCGGCCUUCCGCCGAAGAGCGAUGUGCGCUUGCUCCUUCAAGUGCAGCCUGAACUCGACCCGGACGGUGACGGCAUUGCUAGAAACAGCGUCCCCUCUCUUCAUGGAUUUGGCCCAGGAGGCUACUUUGACGGGUUUGUAGACUACGUUGGCUACGAGGGGUUGGGAGAGACCGGCAUCUCUCCUCCUGAGUCCGCGAUGAAGGGAACGGCGCCGAUGACUGGUGUGAGGACGCUGCAGCCGCCACCAAUGCAGCAGCAGCAGCAGCCUGCUGGCGAACGGAAGGGCGACAGCCGCGGCGCUCUCGGGCCGUCUUGCUCGCUGGCCGACAGCGGAAAGGCGGGCACUCAGACCGCGCUGGUGACCAGCAAUCCGGCUGAGUUUCCAAGGAUGCCGGAGCCCCCGGUGCUGAGCGUGGCUGCGCAUCUGCAAGAAGUGAAAGACGCGGAUGGCAAGACAAAACUGCGAUGGGACUGGCGAAGCCUGAAUAAAAGGUAG